CGUGUGUAAGAAAACUUUUCUAGCGGAUCCGGAAGUGUUCCAUUACCAUGUGAAACUCAGGUCCAUACCAUGGAAUCAAGCUGAUCUUCAUACAAACAAAUUCGUUGUCAUAGAACACUUCAGAGGUCCAACCAGGCCAGUCGCUGUUACGCCAAGAUCCGUGCGGACGGACUCAUCUUGCAGUUCAACCUGAUUCUAUUCAUCGGUACCAGCUGGAAAUGGAGAAAUUUGAGCUGCUGUCCCUGCCGGACGAGGCGCUGCUGGCCGUGCUGGCGCACCUUCCUCCCCGGGAGCUGUUCAACUGCCGGGUGGCCUGCACCCGCCUCCGCGACCUCUGCAUGCACCGCCGCCUCUGGCAGGCUGCCACAGUGUGGGAGAAGGGCGUGCUACGCGCCGCGCUGAACCUCGCGCCGUGCCUCGGCGAGAUCUCCCCCGUGUUCCUCGGGGAAGUGGCCUACCUGGUGCAGGGCACAACCUGCGUGGUGAAUAAGCUGGACCUCAUUGUUGAAAGCGAAAGCGAUGCGGCUUUAGCCACAGUCAUCAUCUUGAAACUCUCUGCUGUUGGGGGGGCUGAGAACCUCUCCUUACAAGUGCGGUGCAGUCCGUCUACUCCGACUCUGCCGACGCUCCUGCGUACGAUCUUGCACCUCAGCGGCAUCCAGAAACUAUUCUUCGCUCGUUGUUUUUACGAGGAUGAGCCGCUGCCAACGCUUUUGUGUGAUUCCGAGCUGAGCUCGUCCCUCACGAAGCUGACUUACUGUUCUCGUUUUGCGGGGCCCUUCCUUCACCAGCUGUUGAGGACUCAUGCAGCCACCCUAGAGGUCGUCCAAAUCUACCGCGCGAGAGACUUCCCAGUGUCCUCGCUGGCCACCAUGCCCAGGCUCCGCGCCUUGACUUGCCAUCUGAUCAGUGACCUCGUUCAGUUAGCCGACCUGCCGAACCUCGAAACUUUCAAUGCGUUCCUAUUCAGGUACCAAUCCGAGACUUUUGAGGAUUUUCCUCCGGGCGCUAUGCAGUUUCUCCGAAAGGCACCGCAUCUGCGGGCUGUCAAGUUUCAAAGCCUAGUCAAGAACAUCGGUCCUGCCCUCUCGGCACUGGCUGAAUCCGCUUCUGCCCCUCAGAUAGAAUCGAUUGCGGGUGUCGCUGGGGCUGCGGAGCACCUCAAGCUGUGGGCCCCCUUGCUGCGCAACUUCACCUCCCUGCGGUCCCUCAGCCUGGACUGCGUGCCGCCGAAAGUCCUUCUCAAGGCCAUCGACCCUUCGUCCCUGCCCAGCCUCACCGAGCUGACGCUGGAGAAGGCCAGGGCCGCGUGCGUGCAUUCCUGGGUGCAUGACCCCGCCGUGCAAGAUGUACUCUCCAGGAACCCUGGCCUGCACGUACGCCAGUUCGGCAUUCAGGACGUCCAAGACUGCAAGUGUGCUUGGUGCUAUUGGGGCUGCCACAGUUUGCUGAAGGGACACACGGCGUUCUCGUCGCACAGCAAGAGGACUGGCUGCCCGAUCGACUGCUUCCAGGUCGCCAGUUGCAGCGGUCCCUCUGCUCUGGCUAGUUAGAGGGCCUUCUAAUAUGGACUCUCGUUUGUUUACUUUAUUCUAACUGCAGGCUUUCCGUUUACUUCAGACUUUAUUCUCGAUGUCCUACCUUCUUACGUUAAAUCUUUGUGACUUGUACUUACAGGUUGUACAGUCUACAUUUUAUAUAGCUGCUUUUUUAGAAGAGGGCACGCAAAGAUUUUUUUCUAUAACAUUUUUUUUUGAAAUCUUGAAGCAACGCUUUUGUUAACAUUAAUUCAUUAUCUGUAAAUGUAUGUUCCUAGUGAUCUUGUGUAAUAAAUUCCACUUUUCAUUCCGCUG